AUGACACAAUCAUACCCAUAUCAAAUAGCAGCAUUUCAAUAUCAUGAUUCGGUAGAAACAUUUGUUAAUCCCAUUGCCAAUAUAAAAUCAGACGUUGACUUCCAUUUGGAAGUAUUUAUCUCAACGAGAAACUAUCGAACACGUUCGAUCAUGUUGUUUCUUAAAAGUGCGAUUGUUCUUCUUGUUACAUUGCUAGCCACAGUUCGUGGACAAAACCAAUGUACGGCAGCAGCUCAAGCAACGUGUGGAGCAUAUCCAUGUGUUCAAACAGCAGCACAAUGUACCGGUGGAGUUGUUAUCACAACAACACAAUCGCCCGUUGUCAUCCCAAAUCAAUGUGCUAAUGCUGUUUGUCCGGCUGGUGCGACAUGUAUACCAACAAAUCAAAAUCCAGCUCUUUAUAUUUGUCUAUGUCCAAAUAAUAUUAUUGCCAAUCCUGACUGUCCAGUAAAUCCAUUACCAAACAAUCCCUGCUUAACAAACAAUCCAUGCUUAAAUGGUGGAACUUGUGUUGUCAAUCAAUUAACUCUUCAAGCAGUUUGCGUUUGUCCGCCAGGUACCUACGGUAACAAUUGUUCGUAUUCAUGCCGUCCAGCCUGUGAUUCCAACUGGUGUUACAAUGGUGGUCGAUGUGUGAAUGCAUAUGGUCAAGCAUACUGUUCUUGUGGACAAAACUAUCGUGGUCGACGAUGUGAACUUCGACAUGACAGACGUAAUUAUGUUUACUUAUAUCACAACCCACGUUGGUAG